AUGCCCCCACCUCAUCAGGGUGGAUGCCAGGGGCUUUGGCCUGCAGAGCCCGGCUCCAGGCCAUGUCAGGGCCGAAAGCCUGAUGCCUGGCACGCAGCCAGCCCCAGCUCCUCUCCUGCAGCUGUUCGUGUCUGUAGCCGGCUCUGCACGUGCACACACCUGGGCAGUCGGUCCGCCCCAGUUCCAGGAUCGUUGGCUGGGUGCCUGCUGUCUGUUUCGGUCACUGCCACACUCCCAGCGACACUGCCAGCUGCCCUCAGCCUGGACCUCCCGGGAGCGCCCCCCAGGAGUCUCGUCUGGGGCUCUCAGCCCCUCAGGACGGACGUGGGGCCUGUGGUCCGCAGCCCCCCAGACGACCUGAUGCCUCAAAGGGCCCUGGGGCUGCGCCUGGACGUUCCUGUCUGA